AUGAUUUUUAAAUAUUUUAUACUAGGUAAUCUAGUAUCCUUAUGCAUGAAGAUAAUCAAUUCGGUCGUUGUGGUCGGACUCUAUUAUGGAUUUCUCACCACAUUUUCCAUAGGGCCCUCUUAUCUCUUCCUUCUCCGAGCUCGGAUUAUAGAAGAAGGAAUCGAGAAGAAAGUAUCAGCAACAACUGGUUUUAUUACGGGACAGCUCAUGAUGUUCAUAUCGAUCUAUUAUGCGCCUCUGCAUCUAGCAUUGGGUAGACCUCAUACAAUAACUGUCCUAGCUCUACCGUAUCUUUUGUUUCAUUUCUUCUGGAACAAUCACAAACACUUUUUUGAUUAUGGAUCUACUACCAGAAACUCAAUGCGUAAUCUUAGCAUUCAAUGCGUAUUCCUGAAUAAUCUCAUUUUUCAAUUAUUCAACCAUUUCAUUUUACCAAGUUCAAUGUUGGUCAGAUUAGUCAACAUUUAUAUGUUUCGAUGCAACAACAAGAUAUUAUUUGUAACAAGUAGUUUUGUUGGUUGGUUAAUUGGUCACAUUUUAUUCAUGAAAUGGGUUGGAUUGGUAUUAGUCUGGAUACAGCAAAAUAAUUCUAUUAGAUUUAAUGUACUUAUUAGAUCUAAUAAGUACCUUGUGUCAGAAUUGAGAAAUUCUAUGGCUCGAAUCUUUAGUAUUCUCUUAUUUAUUACCUGUGUCUACUAUUUAGACAGAGUACCGUCACCCAUUGUUACUAAGAAACUGAAAGAAACCUCAGAAACGGAAGAAAGCGGGGAAAGUGAGGAAGAAACAGAUGUAGAAAUAGAAACAACUUCCGAAACGAAGGGGACUAAACAGGAACAAGAGGAAUCCACCGAAGAAGAUCCUUCUCCUUCUCUUUUUUCGGAAGAAAAGGAGGAUCCGGACAAAAUUGAUGAAACGGAAGAGAUCCGAAUGAAUGGAAAGGAAAAAACAAAGGAUGAAUUCCACUUUAAAGAGACACGCUAUAAAAAUAGACCCAUUUAUGAAACUUCUUAUCUAGAUGGGAAUCAAGAAAAUUCGAAGUUAGAAAUAUUUAAAGAUAAAAAGGAUAAAGAAAUAUUCUGGUUUGAAAAACCUCUUGUUACUACUCUUUUCAACUAUAAACGAUGGAAUCGCCCAUUUCGAUAUAUAAAAAAGAAUCGAGUUGGCAUGUAUGUAAAAAAUGAAAUGUCACAAUAUUUUUUUCAUACAUGUUUCUGUGAUGGAAAAGAAAGGAUAUCUUUUACGUAUCCACCGAGUUUAUCAACUUUUUUGGAAAUGAUACAAAGAAAAAUGUCUUUGUUUACAAUAGAAAAAAUUGACUAUAAUGAACUGCAUAAUCAUUGGAAUUAUACCAAUGAACAAAAAAGGAACAACAUAAGCAACAAAUUUUUAAAUAGAGUCGAAAUUCUAGAUAAGAGAUUUAUUCCUCUGGAUAUAAUCGAAAAAAGGAUUAGAUUGUGUAAUAAUGAGACUAACAAAGAAUAUUUACCUACGAUGUAUGAUCCUUUCUUGAACGGACCCUAUCGCGGACAAAUCAAAAAUAUUUUUUUUUUCUCAAUCAUAAAAACUUCUGUAAAACAUUACAUAGAGACAAUUUGGAUAAUAUGUCCAAAUCCAUUCCUUGUUGAUUGA